AUGAAGGACGUAGUGUAUGGGGUCAAGAUGGCCAUGGACGAGCAAGUGCUGGAUAAAAUGACAUGGACACUGAAGCUGUACGAGGCAACCGGGGCGUCCCAAGUGGCCUAUUCCAAGGUCACCGCCAUGGCAAGGGACGCCAUCAAGCUUGCCAAAGGGAUAGAAACUGACAAAGCUGAGUUGGAGCAGCACACUAAAACCCUGAUGGAUGUAUUGUCGACCUAUCUGACAACUGCCGGCGCCUCGACGUCCGCCCAAUCCUACAACUUGCCAACUGUUAUCAGCGCUGUGCAAACAGCUGCCAAUCUGUACAAGACCAUGGGCAAAAACCCUACGGUUUUCAGCAAACUGCUGCCGGGUGGACUAAAGUCAGCCACAUCGACCUUCCGGGCCAUCGACACCGAUCACGACGGACAGGUUAAUUUCCAAGACUUCGUGUACGGCAUAAAAAUGGCCACAGAUACGGACGUGUUGGACAGGAUGACUUGGGCCCUGAGACUCCUGGAGGCCAGUGGUGUUUAUUCACUGCCGUUUGCCAGUACGGUUUUCAGCAAAUUGCUGCCGGGUGGACUAAAGUCUGCCACAUCGACCUUUCGGGCCAUCGACACCGAUCACGACGGACAAGUCAAUUUCCAAGACUUCGUGUACGGCAUAAAAAUGGCCACGCUAUGCCUGCACAACCUGUCCUACUGA